AUGUCGCAUCCUGGGCUAAAAUGUAUUUGUGAAAUUUGUUGCUGCGGGAGACACAAGUGCCCGCACAGACCCAAGGCCACUGCUCCAUGGGGUCCUUGUGUGAUAUCGGAAUAUGCCUCUCAGUAUUACCCGAGGUGUAUUCCUCCGAAUAAAGCCAUUAUUCCAUCAAACAGCAUUGCUGCCGCUGGUGAUCCGAUAUCCGACAAGACAACCCAAAGGUUAGACUAUGUCAGGCACCCGCAAAUCCAGCCGUACAUCCACCCACCGGCCUUAUACAAGCCUCCAGAGGGCAAGAUGGAAGAUACCAGUGUAUACAUGAAAGAAUACACCCCAAAAUAUUGUCCUCAGUCGAAGCCAGUGAAGAUACCCGAAGGAAGAGGUUGCUCGGCAAAAUUUGAUGGAACGCCUACGUACAGAGUGGACUACAAACCUUGGCAAGUAAGACCGGCCACACCCAGAAAACCCGAGCAGCGUCGGGCAGAACUUCCGAAAUUUGACGCACAAGCAACAUACCGUACUGAAUACGGGCCGAAAUGCAUGCAGAAACCGAUAACCUACAAGCCGCCAGAGACCCGACAAAUUUAUGAGCCCUUCAAGGGUGACACGAUCUAUCGAACGGAAUAUAUUACACAUGAAAUCGAACCGCCAGCUCCAGUAAAACCGAAGACGUAUGCCAAAGCUAAGGCACCAUUAGAUGCCCUCACUACCAACCGCAAAGACUACACACCGAAGGAGUACUGCCCUUCUCAACCAGUGAUCCCCGCAAGCUCCAGCAUCAGAAACACAGGACCCAUGAGCAAAGUGACGACGAAUCGUACAGACUACAAAGACUGGGGUCCAUAUUAUCCUGAGCGUGCACCCACAAAGGAAUAUAAACCACCAGAAGGUGAAAGACAUCUUGCAAGCACGUACCGGUGCGAGUUCGUACGGAAGAAUCCGUGUCCAGCCAUACCGGUGAAAAUAUGCGACACCAGAAAGUGUGAUGCAAAAUUCGAUGGUACAACCAACUACCGGCAUGACUAUAAGCCAUGGGAUGUGGUCCCAAAAUCGCCUCAGAAACCAGCAGAAUGGAGCCCUUCAGAUGUACCAUUUGAUGGCACUACCACUAAUCGUGCGAACUAUGUGGCACAUCCAUGUAUUACCAUACCUGAAAAAGCCAUGCCGAAGGAGACAAGACUAGACAGCGGUCCUUUCGAUGAUCGUACUAACUACCGCCUGGAUUAUGUCCCCAAAGAAGUAUGCCCUUGCUGUCCUGCUGGAUUCUUAUCCAAGGAGCAGAUCAGCCCUGAUGGGUACAUGUUCCAACACAUCGAUGAACGUGGGCAUGAACGGUACAAGAAUGUCAGCUUUGCGGAACCUGUCAAUACGGGUAUCGAAGUGAGAUGA